AUUUAUUUAUUUUAUUUACUUAUUUUUCGCACCAACAAUAAAAAAGAAACUUUUCCAAUGCCAACAGUCAUCGUUUACGGAGGUCUCGGCGCGCUCGGCGCAUCAGUAGUCAGCGUAUUCAAGCGCAACGCCUGGCGAGUGAUCAGCAUCGGCCAUGCCGCCAACACCGAAGCCGACUGCAACAUCACAGUGGCCCACACAACCGCCCUCUCCUCGCAAAGCGAUCAAGUUCACAGCCAACUGACCCCCUUACUCAGCAAAGACCAAAACAUCGACGCAAUCCUGUGCGUCGCCGGGGGCUGGCAGGGUGGGAACGCAGCCAGCGCCAAGUUUGUCGAUAGCGUAAUGGAGUCCCUGCAGCAGUCCGUCUACUCGUCGACGGUUGCCGCCAGCAUUGCCGCGAGGCAUUUGAAGAGCGAUGGUUUGCUGGCUUUGACAGGCGCAGUGGCGGUUGAGGAGCAGGCGGGGACGCCAGGGAUGGUUGGGUACGGGUUGGCGAAGGCGGCGGUGCACCAGAUGGUAGCUAGCUUGGCUGCGCCUAAGAGCGGUGUGCAGGGGCGUGUUGUGGGUAUUUUGCCUGCUACUAUUGAUACCCCGGCUAAUCGCGCGGCGAUGCCCAAGGCGGAUGUGUCGAGCUGGACGCCGCUAGGCGUUAUUGCCGAGCAGCUGUACCAGUGGGCGUCGGGCCAGGCGGAGUGCGAGAACGGCCACCUGUACAAGUUUGUGACUGAGGGCGGCGCAACACGGGUCGAAUGAAGGACGCACACUAAAAUAUUUUACUAUAAAAUUGCUGUUAUAAUUCCAUCUCAUUUCUUUUAAAAAAACA